AUGGAUGGUGGUGACGUUAUUGGCCAUGGAGUAAUGCAAGUUAACUCUGAAGCACACGAUGGGAUUUUUCAUGAGAAUGGUCGUGUUAACGAUGACGGUGAACUGGAUUUUGUUAGUGAUGGAUGCUUGGAUAAUGUUGAAUAUGACAACAGAGUUGUUGAUGAAGAUUCUGAGUUUGAAGAAGUUGAAUACUAUGAUGAAGAUGCGGAAGAAGAUAAUGAAUUUUACGGAUGUGAAUACGAUGAUGAAGAUGGAGAUGAUGAUGGCGAAUUAGAUGGUGAUGAUUAUGAUGACGAGAUAGGUUCCGGUUAUGUUAGUGGACACGAAUAUUGGAAUACAGAUUCAAACGGCGGUGGAAUUUCUGGGGAAGGAUCGGAAUGGGGUUCGGACAGAUUGAAUGAAUCGAUAUCUUCAGAUCAACUUCCAGACGAAUCAUUUGUUGUUGACGAGUUUGACGACAUUGCAAAUAUGGACAUGUUUAACUUGCAAUGUGAUGAUGUUUCGAAGCUGCAAUUUGGAAGUCUGGAAAUAGCUUACACAUGGUACUGUUGGUUUGCAAAGAUGAACGGUUUUGCAGUCCGUAAAGGUCAAGUUAUUAAAAAAAAGAGUGGAGAUGUUACUCAACAAACAUUUCUUUGUAACCUUGCAGGAUUUAGGCAAAACAAAGUAGAUAAUCGCAAACGUGGUCUGAGGCACGAAACCCGGUGUGGAUGUGAAGCAAAAUUUCGGGUUCAUAUUGAUAUAAUUUCACACCGUUGGUAUGUCACAGUUUUUACCUUUGAGCACAAUCAUGCAAUGUUAAAGGAGAAGCACUGCAGGCUGUUGGCAGGUAAUAGGAAGCUUAGUAAGUCAGAUAAGAUGCAAAUUAAGAAUUUUGGGAAUGCCGGAAUCAAAGUAACUCAAAUGAUUGGUUCAUUCGCUAAUGCUACCGGGGGGUAUGAUAAGGUAGGAUUUUUGAAGAAGGAUGUACAUAAUCAAAUUGCAAGACAAAGGAAAGAGAUGUCUUCUGAUGCUAAAGGUGCUGUCAGGUAUCUUAUUGAUCUUCGUGUAAUAGAUCCAUUGAUGCUUGUUGCACACACGGUGGGUGCGGAUGGAACGUUGCAAAACCUAUUUUGGAGCGACGGUGAGAGUCAAAAGAAUUAUGAACUGUUUGGUGAUGUGCUUGCUUUUGAUGCUACCUACAAGAAAAAUAAGUACAGGUGCCCAUUUGUUGUUUUUUCUGGUGUUAAUCACCAUAACCAGACGAUUAUAUUUGCUACUGCCAUAGUUUCAAAUGAGGUUGAAGGGACAUAUGUAUGGUUGCUGGAGCAGUUUUUGGUUGCAAUGAAAGGUAAGACACCUUUAUCUGUAAUAACGGACGGUGAUGUUGCUAUGAGAAAUGCAAUCAGGAAAGUCUUUCCCAACAGUUACCACAGGUUAUGUGCAUGGCAUCUCCUACGAAAUGCAAUUUCCAACAUUAGCAAUCCCAAUUUCAUCCCUGUUUUCAAAAAAUUAAUGCUUGGUGAUCACGAUGUUUGGAAAUUUGAGAGUCUGUGGAAUGAAAUGUUAGAUAGGUUUGGGUUAGAAGAUAAUAAUUGGAUCAAUGAAUUGUACCAGAAAAGGAAGAUGUGGGCAACAGCUCAUAUUAGGGGAAAUUUCUUUGCAGGAAUAAGAACGACAUCGCGGUGCGAAGCAUUUCAUAGUCAUAUGGGACAGUUUGUACACUCGAGGAUGAAUAUGACUGAUUUUGUUAAGCAGUUCCAUAGGUGUGUGGCAUAUUUUCGAUUUAGAGAGGUUCAAGCUGAUUUUGAAUCCCAAUAUGGACAGGCAGUGUUGCAUACCAAUCUUAGGGCGCUUGAGAGGUCAACAUCAAAGCACUGGACAAAAGAGAUAUUUGAAAUGGUACGAUCUGUUAUGAAAAAGGUAACCUUAACAUCUGUAUUAGAUAUUCAAGAUAUGGCAUCAGUUACCAUUUAUGCGGUGACAAAAUACAGAGACGAAGGGCAUGGAUGGCGUGUUUCCCACUGUUCAUCGAAUAACGAUUUCAGAUGCUCGUGUCUUAGAAUGGAAUCCAUUGGGAUUCCUUGUGAGCACAUUGUUGCUGUGAUGGUUUAUCUUAAUAUUGUAGAAUUUCCUGAGAAUCUUGUGCUGAAUCGUUGGUCAUUAUAUGCGAAGGAGUCUAUUAGUGGAAGUUAUGAAGAUGGUUCCCACUACUGGGAUUCACAUUUGGUUGCUAGACACGCUACUUUGGUGAAUCUUAGUAAGGAGGUCGCUGACUUGUCAUAUAUGGAUGUUGAUGAUUACAAAAAAUAUUUAGAAUAUCUGACUAAUGAACUUUGUAGGCUUAAAUCGAAGUACAACAAUGAAGAUGUUCCAGAUAACAUACAUGUUGAAGAGGAGUUGGUGAAUAUACUUAACCCCUUCAUGUUCAAGAAGCAAGGGUUGUGGACCAGUUUGAAAUUCAGUGAAGUGAUGAAGCAAUGCCAAAAUGAUGUUAUGCUGCUUGUUUGGCAAGGAAGUUAUACUGAUUUUGUAAUUUUGGGUGCUGUGUUGCAAAUGUGGGAUUUGUUUUGUAAUAGGCAUUUGGUGCAUCAACAUAGUUUCAGUGGCAGCUACUAUUAUAUCAUCACUUUCCUCUAA